AUGGAGCUGCCAUACUACUCGUACCACUUGGCCCUAUGCAUCUUGUUAGCUCUCCUCUACCAUGCCGUCCUACGCGCCGCCGCCGCCGCUGCCACCAGGCGUCCCCGCCCGAAGCUGCCUCCUGGUCCGUGGCAGCUUCCGAUCACCGGCAGCCUGCACCACCUGUUGCGCGGGCUCCCACACCACAUCAUGCGCGACCUCUCCCUCCGCCAUGGCCCGCUCAUGCUGCUCCGCGUGUGCGAGCGCGAGGCCAUCGUGGUCUCCUCCGCCGAGGCCGCGAGGGAGAUCUACAAGGGCAACGAGGCCGCCUUCUCGGCGCGGCUAAGCAGCCCGGGCAUCGACGAGCUCUCGAGGCAUGGCCAGGGGAUCGUCUUCGCGCCCUACGGCGACAACUGGCGGCUGCUCCGCCGGAUCCUCAUGAUGGAGCUGCUCAGCGCGCGGCGAGUCGAGGCAUUCCGACGGAUCCGCGAGGAGGAGGCGGCGCGCCUGGUCUCGUCGCUUCAGGCGACGUCCGACGGUCGACUGGUCAACAUGGGCGAGCGGCUGGAAGAGUUGGUGACAGACUCGGUGGUGCGUGCCAUGUUUAGGGACAGGCUGCCCGAUAGGGCCACGUUUCCGAGGAUCGUCAAGCAAGGAAUGGACCUGUCGUUGAUUUUCGGCCUCCGGGACCUCUUCCCUUCGUCGUGGCUAGUUCGACUUGUGCCGCGCGGCGGCGGCGGCAAGGCGGAGCGGCACCGUCAGGAGGUGUUCAGCGUUAUGGGCAGCAUCCUCAAGAGUCACGAGGAGAGGAGGGCAGCCAGAGAUGGAGAUGCCGAGCACGAGCAGGACAUGGUCCAAGUGUUACUCAGGAUCCAAAAAGAUGCUGCCAAUACACGAGUCUCCUUAACCGACAGAGUCAUAAGGGCACUCCUCAUAGUAAGCUCUCUCGUUACAACCAAGGCUUUAUAUUUACCUAAAAGAGUCAGUCAUUCCCGAGCGGCCGAACGCGAGCCGUCGAUUUGCGCUGCCGCGAUAGGAGGCAAGAGGGCACGGGUCCACUUCGUGUCCAAAAGAAAAAUAAACCUCCGUAGUCCGCAUGAGUCCGCCGCUGCCACACAUCGCGCCGGCCGAUGCGGCCGGCCCCGCCUCCGUGCCGCCGUGUCCCGCUGCUCCCUCCCGUCCGCCAACUCACGUUCUCCUCCGCAUCAAAACGCCUAUCCUCCGUUGGAAACCCGAGCAGCGGCGCCGUUGACGUUGUGUUCUCCGCCCCUCUUGCCUGCGUGAUUUUCCUGUUCCUGCACGCUGGCCUUGGCCGUGAGGUUUUCGCCUUUUCGGCCAGCCGUCGGGCAGUCAUGGACGGGGUUCAUAGGGAGGGGCAGGGGACGCUGAAGACGAAGAUGGAGGAAAGAGAUACGUCGAUCUGUCGAGGCCAGAAGUGACGGAGCAGCAGUAGCUCCUCCAGCCCCAUGCGCGCGUAUGGUUCCCGCCUUCCUGUGAUCCAGUGAUUCAGUUCCCGGGUGUUAGACGCGGGCCGAGGCCUCGAUAGCCUAGUAAGCCUACUAGUCCUGGCUCUAGAUCAGAUGAAAGUAGCGCCUGAUGGUGAUCGAUCGAACUGACGAACAAGUACUGCAACCCCGGCUCGUGCAUGUGAAAUUGGCUCUUUACUCAACAGUGUUCGCGUGCGUAAAUGAGAGGCGUUCCGGCAUAUUAAUACUGAAGAAAGAGAAGGCACAUGACAUGGAUAUAAAUGGUUACCUCAGGUAAUCUCAGAAAAUUUAGCUAGUAUGACCGAUGGAAAAGCUAAUCCUUGUAGCUUGUAAAUGUUACGACCAUACUUUUUCAAUCAUGAGUAAUAAAUAUGCUUGAUGCAAACAUGUUUUCGUUAGUCCCAUUUUUUUUGCCAUCUGUAGUAGUUGUAGUUGCACACAUAACUGUUCUUAGUUGAAUACAAUCAUUAAAAUUUUGCACAUGGCGAUUAUUUCUUAUUGGCAUCUAUAGUAGUUCUAGUUGCAUACAUGCAUAGUUGUUUUCAGUUGGGCAUGAUCAUUGAAAAGUUGCACACACGAUGACCAUUCUUGUUGGCAUCUAUAGUAGUUCUAAUUGCACACAUAAUCGUUCUCAGUUGGAUACGAUCAUUAGGAAGUUGCAUA